GCUGGGCUCCAGCCUGGACAGUUGAUGCUGUUCAGCUAUAGAUCUGCACUGCUAUGGAGUUCCCUCCUCCUCUUCCAAAUUAGCCCCAGUGAUUUCAGACUGCUUGGCAUUAUUUCCCCGGGGCAGUUGGUGUCUGCAGCGUGUGUCAGCGCAGCCUCGCGCACGUUUGGUUUCACAAUGUGCUGCCUGCAGAAAGCGCUCGCUCCCUGAAGGGAACGGCGGUGGUUUCGUAUUUCAUUUCCCUUGUACACUACACCCGAAUUCCAGAGGCUUUCUGGCUUCGCUGCUGCAUGGGCUCAGAGCACAGGUCCUUUGCCGAAUCCAGCAGAGACAGAUAGGGCUUCCCUCAGCUCAAGGGAGUGGACCAUGAAGACGUCAAUUUUAUUUUUGCUUUGCCUCUCAGUUUUCCCAGGCUUUUCCCAGGGCAGAGUUGUUGGAGAGGAUGAAACUGGUUUUGCUGAAUGUAAUGUGUUCUUCUCUGGACAAGUCCCACCAGAAGGAUUUACCGAGCCGUUCCACGUGAAAAUCUGUCAGCAGUACAACAAAGAGCCACGGUUUGCAACCCUCUACAGUACGAAGGACAAAAUUCCUCUUUAUUCAGCUUUUAAGUAUACAAAGCCAGCCCAAACUGAGGAGGAGGACUGGCUGGUUGAACCGCAGAUAGAUGAUCCAGAAAAUGACCUGCAAGAGAUGGUGCAUGAAGCUGAUAUUGUUGGCUCUGUGGCUAACCUUGGUGCAAAUCAAGCCCUGACCUCGGACUAUGUGGGCUCUGGUUAUGAGAGAGGGCUGCUGAAUCCCAGCUUGCUCAAUGAGAAAGAUUUCCAGAUGGCCACCUAUACACUCACGAACGCCGUCCCUCUGAGCCCAUCUUUCAGCAAAAGCUGGCACAGGGACAUCAGGAGGGUAGUGGAGCAAGCUCUGGUCCCUCAUUGUUCCAAAAAGGAUCAUCUGUAUCUCCUUGCAGGUGCUAUUCCUUCCAACCUCCAAGUUAAUAGCAAGGUGUCAGUGCCAGAGACCCUCUGGCUGGCAGCAUGCUGUGAUGCUCCAGAGGGAUGGUCUUUAGCACUGGUGAAGAAAAUGAAAGAUGAAAACAGUUUGGCAGACCUAGCGGUGGGAGAGCUGGAAAAGCAGCUUCUAGCAGGAGUUCACUUGUUCAAGGGGAACUGUGGGGCAGAUAACCAAAGGCAGGAGAAAAUUGAAGCAAUACUGCAAGCUGUUACUCAGAUCCAGUCUGGAGAGCAAGCAGGAACAAGUGACAACCAGGAGGCCAAAGACAGUGGCUUGGUGAGAAAAGUGGCUGGCAUCAUUGCCACCCCUUUUAUCAAACUUCUGGAACUCCUCAUCUACGUCUUCGUGGAGCUAGUGAAAUUGAUGUUUCGUUUUCUGUGGCUUAUUAUCAAGUGGGUUGGCAGUACUCUUCUGGAUGGAGUCUACAGCCUGUGGAAUGGGGUGGUUUCCUACCUUACAGAGAUCAGCAUGGUGCUGAUCAGCAUCCCCUGUGAUGUGGGGAAGGUCAUCAUCAACAUCCUGCAGGGUUUUCUGGAAAUUAUUCAAGAUGUUGCAAUUUUCACCUACAAGAUCCUGAGCAUCCCCAUGGGAUUUGUCCUUCACCUCGCUGCUUUCCCUUAUUACUCCAUCUGUGCCAUUCCCUCCGUCCUCAAAGACAUAGCCACUGGAAUUGGUGGCACCUUCUCGCUGGUUAUUGAUGCCACAGCCACCCUUCUGCAUGGCUUUUACUACCUUGCUGCUCACAUAGUCAAAAGGUUUGUCCCUAAAGGCUCCUCUGAUGACUGAUAAGGAUAGAAAUCAAAGCUGCAAAGACAAUAAGUGAAAGAGGAGUGGGGUAAUGCUUUAAGAUAUGUGGCCAAACGCUGUCAAUUCUGUUCUGAUAUUUAUUGUAGUGACAUUAAUAAUAAUGAACAAAUUGGGGAGUAACAGGGAGGGCCAAGGCAACUUCACCAGGGGACACCACCAUUGUAACUUAAGUUCUACCUAUUGUAAAGUAUUUGAGCUUUAUGAGCGUGGGUCACAGAGUUUCUGUGAUUUGCAAAUGUCAAGUUGCUUCCUCUGGGAGAUACACUCUAAAUGUGGUACAAGGUUAUUUCUUUCCGACUAAGAUAACACUGAGACCUAUGCACUGGCAGUGAACUCUGCAGAACCACAUUCCUGUCAGGGAGGAGGGGGUAGUAAGGGAAGGAUUUCAGUUGCAAAGGGUUCUCUUAAACCUGGAGAAAGGAAAAGGAUGUUUAGGGUGCAAGAAUUAGGGGCUGGGAAAUGGUGGGGAAUGGUAGGCAGUGGGGAGGGAACACAGGGCUAAAUUCUGCUGUUUGUUGCACUGCUCAUUUCAUUGCAGUUCCACUGGUGGAGCCCAAGGAAGAGCUAGGCCGGGUGUAUUUUAUCUGAUAGUUCUCAAGCCUUGGCCUUUCAAGGCAGCUGAAAUCAUGUGAAUCUUGUUUUGAGGAAAUACCAGCUGCCAGUUCUUUCAUGUAGUGGGAAAAUACUUCCCCUUAGCCAUACCAAGUUCACUUUCUCUGAACCAUUUGUUGCUCUCUGGUGACGACUAAAGGGCUAAAUCCCAAAGUCCUUGUUCUGGCUGGCCUGCUCCAAUGCCCGGAAGAGAGGCUUGAGUCAUGCUUUUGGCUUUGAAUCAAAUGCCCAUGUUCCAGUUACCAGCCUAUCUUGCCUCCUUUUAGAGCUGACACCUCAAAUACACAGCAGUAUUUAUGUGCCUGAGAUCUCUGCGAGAUGAUGCCCAGGCUGGAAAGCAGCAUUGUCACAGUCAUCCUUCUUAGGUAUGCCCUGAAAGUGCUCACAUGGAGAAAGUGAUCCUCCCACAUUUUCCUCCAGGACAGAGGAAAAGUAGCUCUGCCUUUCUUACUUGUCUGAAUCCGCAGCAUCAGUGGAAGUCCUUACAAACAGGGACACAAGAAACAUGGGAGAGGAGAUGUGUGGGGAGCACAUGGGGAAAAUUUGUUGCUUUCACACUGAGGGCUAUCAUGUUUUUCUAGACCCUACCUGGAGAGCAGGCAGCCUGCAGAGUGGGGCAGGGCUCCGUGCUCGGGAGAGCAGAUGAUUCCCAGUGGUGCUGUUACAUCCCAGGGAAUGGAGCUGAUCUAAGGAAUCAGACCUGUGGUGUGCCCAGGGUUUUGAGGAAGUUAGUCUUGGAAUCAGGAGGAAAACAACAAAAGGAAUAGGAUGCUCAUGGAAAGUUAAUUACACUUGGAAGUCCUGCCAGCACGGAUGUGGCAGGGCAGAGGUCUUGGGCCACCCAAAACAAGGGUUUACCUGGCUCUCACAGCUACAGGAAUCAGCAGGGCCCAGCUCAACCUGAGUCCUAGCAGCAAAGCCUCUGGUAGAUCUCGGCAUCUCCCUUCAUUAUUCGUUUUCUGAAACCGGAGAAAGGAAAAAGUGGUUGUGUUGCCGCUUUCUCACGUGAGGAUUCUUGACUGUCAAGAGGAAGGAGAGGCGGGAGGGAGAUCUGGGGCAUAGCAUUCAUUCUGCUGCACAGCUACCUCCCUAGUUAGCCCAUAACUCAUUCCACAAGCAGACUUAUUUAUGUCAGAGGGGACACAACUCCUCUUCUUCACUGCUUCACCAGAAAUAAUGCAGUCCUCACUGAUGCGAGCUGGGACUCCUGGGCACUUCCCACAUGUGGGACACCAGAGCUGGGGUGUGUGUGGAGGCUUUGCAGGGAACAGUCACCAAUUAGCUAGACCCAGGCCUGCAGUCACAGCUGAGCCAGGAGUGUAGAAAUGCACGCUGAUAGCGGAGCAGGGCACAGUGGCACUGCCAUUCCCCAGGGCUUCGCUCAGCUCUGCUCCCUCUUCCCAUCACAUAGGGGUUAGGGGAAGGGGUGUUUAUUUCUUGCUACAGCUCUGUCUGUGGGGAGAAACGCUUGGUGACAGCAGCAGCAUUUGAUCUAGCUGACAAACUCGGCGUGUGUCUCGGAGUGUGAGAAAGGCAUUCAGGAGUCCAGCAAGGCCAUGCACAGCCCCUGCCCGUGACCCCCACCUGUGUCCCUCCUUCCCUUUGGCGCUGGCUUGGUUGUGAACUCCCAUCCUGACAUAGCGGCACGUAGUGAACUCCCACUCUUCGCCUGGAGGUAACUCAGUGCUGCCACCUGUGCUGGGGACCCCAUCUGUGCUGUGUUGCUCCUGACUGACCCUGAAUUGAAGAAAACCCAAUUACUCCACAUGGCAACUUUGCCUCUUUCCCUCACAUUGAAUAAAAAAGGGGCUGAGCGGGGGAGACCAUUUUUGAGGGGCAAAGGGGAGUUGCUGGUUCAUAUCUGCCCUGUCCUCAAGUGAGAGAAGGUUGUUUCCUUAGCUCAGGGGACUGUGUGUGCAGGUCUCAGACCAGCACACUAUGAAGAUGCAUCCUUACCAGGUAACACACCCUUCAGUCACGUUGCUAGCAGCAGCUCAGCAGUGGGGAGGCUCUGGGCUGACGGGGUUAGAGAGCAACUCAUGGUCUCAGCCCAAGCAGUCUAGCUCUCAAGGGGAGGCAUGCUGGUAGGGCAGGGCUGUUAGGAGGAAGUUCGUGGAGAGGGAGAGGCCUCCUCUCCAGCAGUGUCGGGUUCAUUCCAAAGGAAGGGCAACUUUUGUGUGCAGUAGGGGUUUAAUCAGGUGAAUUUGGCAGUGUUUUACGAAUUAGUCCUUUGCCUUGAAUUUCUUGGUACAGGGAUUUCGGGUGCAAGGGGCAAGUUCCAGGUCACUGCUCCCAGCAGGCAGAAAACAGCACCCGGCUGCCUGGGAAAACUUUUUCCAAACCAAACGUUGCAUCUUUGCAUCCUUGAAUGUGUCUUCACUGCCAUGGAGCCAGAGAAGGCUGUUGAGUCUGGUCUCGACAGACCUCGAUUUCCACUCCUUUCCAGGAGCGGGGAUGCAUCGGUAGUAGAGUGAGAUCCUCAGUUGCAAACUGAGCUCUCCUCUCAGAGUAUGUGACAGCAGUCCCAGGAAGGAGAGCAACAAGCUCAGGUGUCAGGAGCUGUGACUCAAGCAUCAGCAUAGGAGAGCCAGGGUCCCCACAGCCUCCGGAGGCACGUGCUGUCCCAGCAUCUCUCGAGCACAGCCCCAGAGUCAGGGAGGAGGCAGCUGCCCUGCGCACUGCUGCCUCUCUCAUGCCUUAUGUGUGGCCUAGCCACAACCCCUCCCUGGCUGUUAAUCCCAGCAUGACCCAGCAUGUCCAGUGCACCCCGGUCACAGAGACAUGGGAGCUCACACGCUGAGAGGCAGCAAGGAUGAGGUGCCUCAGUGCACCUGGAGGUCUGUCUCGCCACAUCUCCAUCACCAUUGCUACCCUGCCCAGCUAGGUUCACGCCAGCCCAUGAGCACGUCUCCAUGCUGCAGCCAUGUCUUCUGAUUGCAGGGUGGACAGUGCUUUAAAUCUAAGAGGCUGCACCGCUGUAGGAUUUGGGCAGAUGUUGAGCAAUAUUAUUAAAAUUGUUUUAACAUACUCAGAUUUCAAACACUAAAAACUGCAACCAGCACAGGUCAUUUUUCUCCUGUGCUGCAUGUCUGAGCAGGCAAUAGGAAACCUGCCUAAAACAGUAAGUAAUUAUUACAGAACAAGCAACAUCCUGCUACAAAUUAACUAUUGUUUGAGAUUAUCCUUAUCUGGGCAUGACUUAUGGCUUGUGAGCUUUAUUCUAUCCUUGGAAAUGUAUGGCUUUAACAAAAUAAAAGUUACUUUUCCAAAGAA